UUCCCCUCUGUCAGACAGGAGCAGUGUGGCCCACGUGAGCGGAGGACUGAGUUCGUGGUGGAGGCCUUCACUUUGCCUUGCUGUGUGCACAUUGAGGUGUCUUUUGCUUGGAUUGCAGUGUUUCUCUCACGCAUGGUGUAUUUUCUGGACCCCCUCCCCUCUGUCCUGCAGUAGUCCGGCUCGCUGUGCUCUUAGAAGCUUUUACUGCUUGUCACUGGUCUUCUGUGUUGUGUGGAUCUCUGGACCAGAGGCUUGACUCUCAUCAUGUGGCUGCUGAUGUUUGUGGCGUGGUCCUUGGCCUGUGCCGGGGGAACCUACUGGUACCUGUUAUCAAAGCCGAGCCUGUUCUCUCUGGAGUCACUACGGCCCAAAGAGUCACUAGAACCGGACCAGGAGAAGAGGAACAGGCUGCUGCUGAAAGCUCUUGGAGGCUUCUGCUGUGUGUCACUGGUCUGCUAUGUGGGUCUCUGGAUCAGAAGCUUGACCCUCAUCAUGAAGCUGCUGCUGUUUCUGGUGUCUGGUUCCUUGGCCUGUACUGGGGGAACCUACUGGUACCUGUUUCUGAAGCCCAGCCCGUUCUCUCUGGAGUCACUGCGGCCCACAGAACCACUAGAAGUGGACCAGAAGAAGAGGAACAAGGUGCUGAAGAAAGGUUUCAGUAGGGAGAGAAUCCCUGAGAACCUGGAUGCCAUCAUCAUCGGCAGCGGUCUCGGAGGCCUGACUACGGCUGCUUGUAUGGCCAAAAAGGGGAAGAGGGUGCUGGUUCUAGAGCAACAUGACAAUGCUGGUGGAUGCUGCCACACCUUCACGGAGAAAGGCUUUGAAUUUGAUGUUGGCCUUCACUACGUCGGUCAGCUGCAUGAGAACAGCCUGAUGCGAAUCGCCUUUGACCAAAUCACAGAAGGUCAGCUGGAAUUUGUGACCCUGCCCCAGCACUUUGACAAUAUCCACAUUGGUCAGGGAGAGGAUCACCGUGAGUAUAGCUUCUAUACUGGGAAGACCGAGAUGGAGGCCAACAUGAAGAAGCAGUUCCCAGAUGACACCAAGGCUGUUGAAGAGUUCUUCAGAGUCAUGAAGGUCUCAGCCAGGAAGACCUUCUACCUGGGCCUCCUGAAGCUCAUCCCUCGCUGGCUGGCCCUCUUUUUUCUCAAGUCCGGCAUCGCUGACCGCUGCUCUUCCGUCUUCCGUCUGGCCACCACCGGCGUCACCACCUGGGCUGACCAGCUGACCAAUAACAAGGACCUCCAGCUCAUGUUCAACUACCUCUUCAUUGGUGAUCGCCCUAGAGACUGUAGCCUCUUCAUGAAUGCCCUCCUCAUCCACCACUACAAGCGUGGAGCCUACUAUCCUAGAGGGGGCGCCAGUGAGAUCCCCUACCACAUCAGCAACACCAUCCGCAAGUAUGGCGGUGAAGUGCUGGUGAGAGCUCCGGUCACUCGAAUCCUGUUGGAUAAAGAUGGCGCUGCCUGUGGUGUGGCAGUGAGGAAGGGCCAAGAGGUAGUGGAGGUGAAAGCACCCAUCGUAAUCUCCAACUGUGGCCUCUUCAACACCUUCAAGUACUUGCUGCCUCCUCAGAUUCAGAUGAAACAUGAUAUCCAGACGCGUGCCCAAAUGAUGAAACCUGGCAAAGCUUGUGUGCUCCUCUUCUGUGGUUUCGAUGCCACUGCUGAAGAGCUCGACAUCACGCCAACCACUUUAUGGCUCUUCAAGGAAAACGACAUAGACAAAUCGAUGGAUACAUUCUUUGCUAUGAGCAAAGAUGAGGCCCCUGACAAUGUUCCCAUGGUGUUCAUCACCUUCCCAUCUGCCAAAGACACCUCCUCACAGAUCAGACACCCAGGCAAAUCCUGCAUGACUGUCCUGACCAUGGUGAACUACGAGUGGUUCGAGGAGUGGAAGGACUCAACGGUUAGGAAAAGAGGAGACGACUACACAGAGUACAAGAACAGAUUCGCUGACCACCUCUUUAACUGGGCCUGCGAGCAUUUCCCUAAGAUCAAAGACAAGGUGGUAUACCAGGAGAUAGCCACACCACUCUCCAAUGAGCACUACCUGAGAGCAUUCAGGGGGGCCCCGUACUCUGGCGAGCACACCCUAGAACGCUUUGACCCAGUGUUAAUGGCCAAGAACCGCUGUGACACGCCCGUCAAAAACCUCUACAUCACAGGUCAGGACGUGUUCAGCUGUGGUAUUGCAGGGGCCCUGCAUGGCGGGCUGAUCUGUGCCUCCACAGUGUUGGGCCACCUCCUCUACGUCGACCUCUUCAUGAUGAAGAUUAAACUGAAGGGGGGCAGCAUUUUACGCACUUUACAGAAACUGUUUUUCUAAUUGAAGUCUUUCUGUUUUACUCUGACCACAGCUAGCAAUAACGUAGUUAUUGGACACAGUCCUGUUCCACCGAUUUUUGUUCGGUGAUUUCUUGCCCACUUGUCCUCUGGUACACUUUUAUGGACACACAUCACAAUUUGUAAACCUUUGUACAUAGAGGACACUGGAAAAAUCCAUAGGGGGUGCUGCAACUGACUCAUUUCAGUGUGCCAUUACAUGCUCAUUACACACCUCAGAAGGUCAGAUCCAGAUGAUCGCCACCUGCGGAUAUAUUUGAACUUAUUAUUGAGACAGGACAUAUCCAUGUCCUGCUGUAAAUGUUGAUGUUUAGAAUUGUUUUCAAAUAUAUUUGUGUCUUCACAUAAUAAUCCUACCUUGGAUACCUACUUGCAUAUUUGUUAAGUCCUUGUCAACUCAAUGUGCUGCAUAUUGGUGUGUAAUAGGAGUGUUGCAUAAUGACACCAUUUGCACUGAGGACAGACUGUUUGUGGAAUUUUUUGUAUUAACAGUAAUUUGUUCUAUGAGCAAACAUUUGGAUGGGAUUUCUGAACUUUGAAUCGGGUGUGAUGCAUGCAGUACCUGGUGUUGCACAUGGCUUUUUGUCAUCUAGUGCAAAAGAGGUUU